ACUAUACAUGUAUUGCAUGAAAUCAAACAGAAAUGGCAUUUAGCAUGCUCACUUCCUGAUCUAGCAAUAGCUCUGAGCUUGUAGAGCUCCCAUUAGCUUAAAGACAGAGCACUGCAUGCGCUUAUACAAAUUUAAAGCAAACUAAUUAGUGUUUUCUCUAAACAAAUAACAUCAGUAGUUAAAUUGGACAUUUCAGGGCUCGACCAUGCAGAACUCCUACUGAAGUCAAUGGGAGAUGGGCAGUUGGUCCCUCCACAAGCAUAUCUGGUUCACUAUUUAUUUUUUUGAAACUCUGGACUUGCUAUUCCAUUAAUUGACUGUUCUCUUUGUCUUUGUAUUUACUUUCCCAGAUGUUCCAGCCUAUCAUUUUACUUAUUCUCAUCCUUGUAUUAUUUUCAUCCCUUUCAUACACAACAAUAUUUAAACUUGUCUUCCUUUUUACACUGUUUUUUGUACUGUAAGCCAUUCCUCAUUUACUGUUCAUUGUAGUAUUAUUUUCAGUUUGUUUAUUUUGUCCACCCUCCAAGAUAAGAAGUGCAAGAGACACAUUUUCUGUAAUAGCCACUGCUGUAAAAACACUGAAGACUACUUGUAAACCAAAACAAAACCAAAAAAACCUGCAAAAAGCAUACCAAAAAGUUACCCACUUGAAUAGGAAACCCUCUCACCACAGUGUUCCAGAUCAAGAUUUACAGAACUGGAUCCCAGCUAGCUAUGCAUUUCAUUGCUUUCACUGCUGUUUAGAUAUGGACUGAAAAACUACUACAGCAUUUCUCAUUUCACGAAAGGAAACAUUUAGGAAAGAAAGAAAGAAAAGCAGAGCUGUCUUCUUGCUAUUACACGGACUGUAACCAUGGACCUGCGUAAACAACUGGAGAAUACUGAGAGGAACUGGAAUAAAGAGAAGAUGGAAUUGCUGGAGAGAUUUGACAAUGAACGGAAAGAAUGGGAGUGUCAGUGGAAGGUCAUGCAGAAGAAAAUAGAAGAGCUUUACCAGGAGGUAAAACUCAGAAGGGAGACCAAUAUGAAUGUCCAUGAUAAUAAGGCCAUUCAGAGCAAGAUGCUGCAGCUGUCCAUUCAUUCCCCGACUUCGGAAGAGAGUGACACAGUGGAGCUGAACUAUCAACACAAUGUUGCAAAUGACAGGAUGGAAAAAGGGGGUUUGCUCGGUAAGACAGGACACAAAUGUAAGGAAACCAGAGCCAAGACCAGAAACAAUACUCUGUUAAUGGACAGUCUGACCUUUGAGAACUGUGAGGAACCUGAAGACAGCCUUAGCAUCAAAACUUCCAAGAAAAAUGCCAAGAAUUAUAUUGGUGAUCUCAAUGUAGCUCUUAAAGAACUUGCUAGGGUCAGUGAAGAAUUAUGCAGCUAUCAAGAGGAAAUUCGAAAGAAGUCCAACCACAGAAGAAUGAAGUCACUUCCUUUCCUGGGGGAAUUUGAGGAAAACAAAAACACAGUUAUUCUGCCUGAGGUGAACCAUGUGUCCAGCAAUGAAUCGCAGACUUCAGAUGCUUUUGAAACAGAGGAGCAUAAUAAUAGGAAGAAUCUGAUGAGUUCCACCAAGGUUUUGAAGGGCAUGUCUUAUGGUGGCCUUACUGGUGACAGAGGAACAGAUUUUAGACCUUGGCAAAAGAAAGAAGCUCCACCAGUUCCUCCACGAAGCACUUCUCGGCAUCUAACAAACUCACUUUCUGCAGUUGUACAGCUUUCUGAAGCUCCGUUAAGAGAUCCAGGCAUCAAAAGCAAUUGCAAGGCUCAAGACUACGGGAGUGGGAGGAAGCAGAUGAAUCCUUCACCUAUAAACCAGAAUGAAAACACAGCAGCCUGUACAAAUGAAGGGCAGUCUGUGAAAGGUCCUGUGAUGGUAACUGCUGCAGUACCUGUAAUCAAAAAUGAGCGCAAUGUACCAACACAUUUCUGCCACAACACCUGGGCAUAUGAUGUGGGCAAACUUGGAAAAGACUUGGAAAAAGGUAAAAGUGAACCUUCCAUACAGUCAGCCCAAAAGAGUUGUUCAGAUGGAAAUAUGGCCCAAAGCAACAAGAUGCACCAGAAACAAAAUCCCAAGUCUCACAGCAGUCCUUAUUGCAGUAAUAACUUUUAUGCCCCUCGUACCCUGCACAAUGAUCUUUUGGGAGACUCUAGGUAUACUUUGGAAAAGACCCGAAGAAAUGAAACUUUAGCAGCAAAGAUCGAUGAGUUUAACCGAACUGUAUUUCACACAGAUAAAUGUAACAAUACUUUGCAAGAAAACCAGGUGCCUCAGACAGCAUCAGAAGAUCACAAACCUUGCGGUCCAAUGUGUGAGUCUGCUAUUAGCAGGACAGAAACUGUAAAUACAUCUUGUGUUUCAAAUCCCAAAUUCUCUGUAGCAAAGGAGCAAGAAACUAGCAACCUCAGCAAAGCUGUCAGAACAGUAGGGCAACAAAAGCAAAUAAAUGGACUUCCAAAUACUAGUGGUUAUAGGCACAUGCUUCACGAGCAUGACUGGAGACCAAGUAAUUUAUCCGGUCGCCCGCGUUCAGCUGACUCGAGGUCGAACUAUGGUGUUGUUGAAAAGCUUUUGAAAAACUAUGAAAAAUCAACAGUGACUUCUCCGUGUAAUGCAAAAGCCUGCAAAGAUAAGUGGACAUGGGCAAACUCUGAAUUCACUGAUGGGGGUUGUGAGACCUUAAGUCAGUAUUUAGAAAUGCUCCAGAUUGAGCAAGGAAAGCAAGAAUUUCCAAGGAAUUCAGCCAGGCAAAUUGGGCAGCAACUCAAGCAAGGAAAAGAGACAAAAAAGUUACCAGAGAUAUCUGUGCCAGCUAAGUGUUCAAGUGGGAAGGGUUUCUCACGGCCCGCUCGGCCAGCAAAUCGACGCUUACCUUCUAGAUGGGCAUCCAGAUCACCGUCAGCACCACCUGCUGUGAGAAGAACAGCAUACAACUGCUCUGUCUCCUUUCGGUCAGAGACCUCAGUAGUCUGAACCCAGAGCUGGGUUGGAUAGUGUUGUGAAAGCUCUGCACCUCAUUCUAACUGUAUUUGGUAUGUGUUAUAGCAACCAGUUCUACACUGUUGUUCUUGUCCAAGAGUGACCCCCACCACGUGCUGGACAAAGCAUUUUAAAUCUUAGGUCAUUAUCACCACAGUCUUCAGUGUUUUUAUUGAGAUGAAAUAACUAUACCCAUGAUUUUCCCUGCUCUUUUGGUAAUAACUCACAAGGAAUUUCUUUUGAAUGGCAUCUUCCUUAUUUUGCCAAUCAGUUUUGAGUUGAGACAAUGUAUAGCGCUGUAUAUUCUGACUCUUCUGCAAACAGCAGAAUGUAAAGCUGUAUGCAUGAUCAUGUGUUCGUAGGUGCAUGUGUUGGACUAGGAAGUAUACAGGUCUGUAUUUAGAAGAGACGAACUGUGCUAGUGUUGACAUUGAAAUUACAACCUAUGCCUACAUAUAUAUAUAAACUUUGUGUUUACUUUAAAAAGUUUCAAAUAUACAGUCCUGAUGACAUUUAUAUUUUGUAUAUCUUUUACAUAGGUUCACAGGUGUAGUAUUUAAUGUACAAAAACUGAAUAUGCAUUUUGGUGACUGAUUGCAGCGAUAAUGCCUUGCACAAUAUGUAUCUGAAGCAGACUAGCUCGACUGAUCCAUCAGUCAUGCUUCAUGGCAUCCUCGUUCGGUUUCCUAACCCUUAUGAUGCUAGGUCAAAAACCCAAACAUAUUUUUUCUGAAUUAAAAUACUAUAUGAUUUGUAAUACAUUAGCCUUUUUCAGCACCAGAAAUAUUCCUCAAAUGUUGCGAUCCUUUUAAAAAGCUUAAAUGUGCCAUUAUAUAUAUAGCGUACUGUAAACACUUCAGUAGUUUCAACUAGUGUAACAUACAAUUUAUGAAGGGAAGAAAAGGGUUGUAUAUGCUCAAUUCUGUAAAACUUAUUUUUCCUUCUAGCAUUAUACUUUGACGAAGUCAGAUAACAAUAGACUUGUUUACUUUCACUCAAGGCAGGAGAACAAGGACUGUUGUUGUUCCCUUUUUUACUUUUCUCCUAGACUAGAGUGCCUGAGCCACUUGCUAACUUACUGCGCCUGAACUGACUCGUGGCAGUUGGUUGCGAAGUUUACUUGCACUCUGGCAACAAGCUGCAUCUAGUAACGAAAUAUUGCAUCAAGGUAUGAUCACAAUGGUGCUUGAAAUCCUAGACACAUGGCGUUGGAAGUAUGCUUUUGCCAUCACUUGACUUGGUAUUAUGGGCCAUCUGAAUGACGUGCACAGAGCCUGGCUUGAACCUUAAAAGAAAUAUGGAUAAUAUGGAUGCUACCCAGACUCUUGCUGAACUUCCAGAAAGACAGUGUCCUUCAUCCUGGAAUUUUUGCACCCUUCUCUAUGCUGUUGCUGGAUGCAUAUUGCAGUAAUGAUGAUAAAUAUUACCUUUAAACAGCAUGUCUGGGUUAAAAGGAGUAAAGAGGCACUUCUUCAACAUCAGCCUGAUCUUGUCUUGCAACUUUUCUUCUUCUCUUGGAGAAACAUAGUGUGUUCAAAGUAAUUUCCAGAAUCAUCCCAGGAUCCAUUAAUGUGCACACCUUCAUAUGUGAAUGUUAAAAGGAAUUCGGAGAGAGUGUAGGCUUUUGUCCUAGUGAAUUGUAUGUGUGGCAAUAUAGGGAGUAUUAGUUGUGCUUUAUUUGAUAGUGAUCUAUUGUCCUACUCCAAUCAUGUUAAGAAUCCAUGCCUUUUUCCUUCCUUUUAGGGCCUUAUUCUUCUUUCCUCUGCACAGCUCUGGUUUUGCAGAGAGAGAAGACAGGAGGCCACGUGUUCCGAGCAAUAUAGCCUGUAUGGUGGUAUCGCUAACUCUUCAGGCAUGCCAGUAUUGGAGUAAGCAGGCAUUAGAGCCAUAAAUCCCGCCUUACCAUGCCAUUGUGGCUGCCUGCAUGGCAAAAACACUCUCACAGUAAUUUGUCCAAUCUAGACUUCUGGUCCUUUCUAGAUGUGAGUGGUGGGAAAAUUCCACAACAAUAUAUGAAGCCUUCAAACAGAUCAACAAUUCAUCGAAGUUUAUUUGGAUAUAAGUGCAAAGUUACUACUGGAAAAGAUACAAGGACAGGAAAUCUUGAAGAAAAUCUGAAGAAAACUUAUACAAUUUGGAUAGAGACAAAAUUCUGUGUGCUUGAGCGAAAAAUCGAGUACUAUAAAUUUGCCCAUUUGCCCUAAUUUAGAGAUUGCACUCCAUUGACUUCCUUAGAACUAGAAAAAUUAGAGAUGAUUCAUAGUGAAUUUGGAACAUGGCUUAAGAUUCUAGCUAACUGUGGAAAUCAGUAAACCAAAAUGCCUUGCAAAUUGACCUUUUAAAUGCCUAAGUAGCUGAGCAGCUUUAAAUGCCUAAGAUUGAGGAGAGACUAAUAUGAGAGAACUGUAAAAAAAAUAGUUCUUUAUUGCAGUCAGUGCUGACUGCAAUAAAACUUCUUUAAAUUACCUUCAUGGUAAAGUUAAGCAGGUUUUUUUCUGAAAAAUACUGUUACGCCUGUUUGAAGUAUGUAACUACAAAAGCAUUUCCCUUGAUUAGUCAGUGAAGAUAUUUCUUUAGUUCUCUUCAUUUUCUUUGAUCGCCUUCAGUUCCUUUGACAUAUAUCACGUUGUUGAAUAACAGAAAAAGGAUGAAAUACCUACAACAUUCCGUGAUGUGUGUAAGUUUAAUGAACAGAAAGGUUUUGAAAUAAACUAACAGGUCAUGGAGAAGUCUAUUUUGUCAAGAUUUUCUGUGUCCGUCUAAUUACAGACAUUGGCCCCAAUGGCCAAAAUUAUCAAAACUGCUGAUUUUGGUCGGUAGGUGGCUAGCUGGAUGUACCAGUUUUAGGGACUUGCCAUUGACACUGUUUAAAUAUUAUUUUCUACUCUACUUGUAACAGAGCCAGUACAUUGUGGUGAAUUUUUUAGUUCCCAGAACUGAUUACUGAACCAUAGUAAUGACUUUAUUGCAUUUACUUGCUAUAGGGGGAAGAGUUCCACUGGACUUUCAGAUCCCCUCAUGAUCAAAGAUAUAUAGUUACCCUGGAAGCAAAGGACUCUGUACACACACUUACACACAUGCUCAUGCAAGAACCACAAGUGAUCUACAUAUAGCUUGACCCUUCUAUCAAUCCUACUGUCACCUAUGGAAGCAGUGAGCUUUGUAACCCUGUUUUUUAAAUGGGCUUUUAAUAUUAUUCCUCCUCCAUGUGCUGUUUAUAUUAUUAACACAGCUAUAGGUUCUUCUUACUUGUGCUCUGAACAAGCAUAAGAUGCACUUCGUUGCAUGUUUAUGGGCGUUAGUACCCAAGUAAAUGCAGUAGUUUUCCAGCUCCCUGCACACAGAGUCGGCUGCCCAUUGAAAUGGGGAUGUCACUAGGAAUCAGCUGACUGGUACUUUAGGUGACACAAAGCAGCAUUAUCCUCCAUGCUGGGAGAAUCUUUCCCUGAGACCCUUUUAGGGAGGAGGGUUGCAGAGUGUAUACAUGUAUCUACAUAUGCAGUGUAGCAGGCCACCUGAACCUCAAAGCUGGCCUGACUUACAGCCUCUGCUGGAGGCAGAAGUAGAGGAAAAAAAUAUCCUUUAAAAUCACUGGAUAUCAUUCCUCAAACUCAAGAGUACAUUUUGAGUGUUAAUGAUAGGCUUCUUAUGUAUGUUAAAAUGUUGCUGAAGAGAUGAACUUUGCUUAUUCUCCAGCAACCACACAAUUAUCUUUUGCUAUUACACAUACUGUAAGGGAGUUCGCUGUUAUAUAGAGCAAAGAAUUGGCAAUCAGCAUAAUAUAUUUUUCCAGAGCAUUCAGAGCACCAAUUUAUUUCUCCAGUUGUCUAUUUAAAAAAAUUGUUUCUGUAAAUAGGGAUUUUUUUAUCCUAAUGGCUUCAGCAGCAUUUUGACAAAGAUCUACAGCAACCCAGCAGGCAGGCCAUUUCCCUUAGAAAUUUGUUAUUUCUGGACCAAGCUUAAAUUUAUUAGCAUGCAAGAACUUAUGCAAUUCUCACAGUGCUGCUAUGCAAAGAACUUUUGAGGCUUUAAGAUCUGUAAUAUAUGAUUCUAGCCUUUAUACUGCUGAUAUUCUCCAUUGGACUAAUGUGUAAUGGUGUCUUUGGUGUGUACAUGCUCUUUAAACUGGAAGGCAGAAUGCAUUUGCUCUAAACUAAAACCCCUUGUUGCCUCUGGCGUUUCCACCCCUCUUUGAUUCCCAGUGAAUGUAUAUUUUUAUGUGGUUUAUUGCCAUUGGUCUAUAUGUAUAUGCCAUACCUUAGGACUUUCUAUUUGUAUCACAGUCAUUUUUUGGACAGCCUAUUCUAAAAAGUGCUGAUAUUACUAUUACCAUUCACAAUAUAUUAGAUCUUGAUCUAUUUGUUUUGCAUCACUCAAAAUGCACUUUCUUCAUGAAGUGUUAGUGGCAUAUUUUAUACAAAACUUGUGUUCUCGUCCUUUGAAAUGAUGAUUAAUCUGCUUUUGAGGUUUGCUUUUGCUCUCCUUCACAUCUUUUCUGUUUUGCAAAGUACUUGUGUCAGCAGAGACGUGUUUCUGAUGUGUAUGGUUGAUCCAGUUGCUGUGUGGCUAUGGGAACUCAUACCUAAGGGUGCCUUGCUAUCUGUUACUCUAAAAAUAAUUGUAUCAGAAUUUCUGUGGGGUAAGAGAGAUUGAAUCCUCGGUAUGAUCAAAGUGAAAGUGUGCAAAUAAAAAUCAGAAAGAAAGCAAAAGAAUCAAUGCAGGAGGUGAAACACUUGUAGUAAAUGUUGUAGCUAGUUCUUUGCUUCUAAUGGAUGGUCCGUCUGUGCUGCCAGCUUCACACCACCUAAUACUUCCAGUAAUGUACUGUCUGUUUUUUCAGUCAGCAUUUUUGCAUAUACACUUUUGCUACUCUGCGAUCCCUCAAUACCAAAGGAUGGUGAAGGACUGAUGUUAUUAGUGUCAGGUUAACACCAGCCCUUCCUCUUUCCUUAUUUGAUGGUAUGGUUGUUAUUGAAGAAUGCCGAAGUUUCAUUUGUUAAUCCUUUUUGUGGCAGCAGUAGGUUUCACCAGCAGGUCCAUGACGGCGCUCACAGCAUGAACAUUAUGGAAUACACAACAUAUUAUGUCAUCCACCGACACUGGAUUCCCAGUGAUGCACAAAGGCAUGCUCUGUCAUGCUGCUGAAAUUGGGAGAUUCCUGGAAGAUAAAUGUCAACCAACCUUGUGCUUGAGUACAUCAAGAGUCAGAUAGUACCUCGACUCCACCGGUCUUGCCAGGCAGUGUGACUAGAGUACAUGCAACUUCAGUCCUCAGUAUGGGAUGUUUUUUUACCACACCGGGCCAAAGUUACAGUCUUAUGCUCUUUCGCAGAUGGAUGCCCUUCUCUAGGGACAUGUGGGAAACAAACCAGAAGUAAAACCUGUCCCAGGAUGGGACAUCUCCUGAAUUUGGAUCAGAUUU